AUGCUUCCGCGGGAGGGCAGCGAAUCGCCAAUGCGCGAGCUCGAUCAGAGUGAUUUGGCUUCCAGAACGAGCGUAAACUUUACUGGCGCAGCACGACAGGAUCGGCAAGCCCCACAACGAGCAACGAGCAGCGAGCCAGAGGCCAUGGCGGUGAGACGCCUGGAGAUGGAGCUAGAAAAGGUGCGCCUACAGCUAGAGUGCGAGCGCAUUGCUCUACGGAGAGUGGAGCUUGAGCAGUCGGGCAGGCCGCCUUCGGUGUCGGAAGGAAGUGAUCUCCGCCGUGCCAGCACGGAUGGAAUAUCACAAUGUGCUAAAGUGCUUAAGGCAUACCGGUUGCCGUGUGACGCUGACGUUCCGAUAUGGUUUGAUGAGGUUGAAAAGUUGUUUUUAUCUUUUCAAGUACCGGAACACAGCCGUGUACAUUUGAUCAUGCCUGCGCUGGCCGAGCGGGUCCGUUAUCUGUUGCGUGGCCUCAAUGACGAGGAAUGUACAGAUUACGAGACUGUAAAGAAGGCAGUAUUAGAUGAACUUAAGCUUACGCCAGCUAAAUACUUGGAGAGGUUUGAAAAGGCAUCUAAACGAAAGGAGGAAACUUUUGCUCAGUUCGCGUCCCGCGCUAGAACCUAUUUGGCAUAUUACCUUCAGUCUCGCAAUGCAAACACAAAAGAAGCUAUGACGGAGCUUAUGGUCGCUGACCGUAUGAAAGCCAGUCUAAACUCAGAAGCCCUUGAAUAUGUUCUUUUGCGGGAGGGCGAGGAUUGGUUUAAGCCAGUGGAGGUGGCGAAAGUGCUCGAGACUUUCGAGCAAGCUAAAGGGAAAGGACGAGCAACUAAGCCAGCCGCAACAGCCUCAUUGCCGCAGCACGCAAAACUAGCUGGCCCGCAGAGGACAAAUUUAAAAUGCCACGUGUGUCAUAUACAGGGUCACCUAGCCAGAGACUGCCCAAAGGCUUCCGAUAAAGAACCGCAGGGGAAGGCGCCGACUGUGCCAAAACAAAGGGUACAGAAGGUUGCUGUUGUAAGUGAAGAACCUCCACCAGAGCAAGAAAGGGUGCUAAGCGCUAGAGUACAAGUCUUAGCUCAAUAUGCUAGUUCAGGGAGGUCAAAGCUGGACCUUAUCCCUAUCAUGUGCGGGGGUAUAGCAACAGAAGCUGUGUUGGACACAGGUAGUGAGAUAACGGUCGUCCGUAAAAGUAUGUUGCCCGUCGUUUUACAGGAGUCAUCAGGAACAGUAAGACUCGAGUCGGCAUUCGGAAACAGCGUUCGAGCUAACCUAGCUACGCUGCCCGUAGGCAUGCAUCGCCCGGGGGCUUCGAUACAACCGCAGAGGAUCGAUCUGGUGUGCGCGGUUACAGACGAACUUGCAAAGGGGGUUGACUGCCUGCUGUCAAAGGAAGAUUGGGAACUACUACAGGCGCAGGAAAAAGAGGAGUUUGGACGAGAAAAUAUUCUGCGGCUGUGCGCCAGAGCUAAUCCGUCUAUGACGGAAGAGGAGCGGAUGCGGCACCUCGGGCGCGGAUUGCGUCCGGACGUGCUGGAAAAAAUUCUUAUUGCAAACCCGGACAGCUGCUCUGCUUUCCUCGAAAUUUUACGCCGAAUUGAUUGGGCAGCUUUUUUGAUGGUGCGUGCGUCGCAACCAGAAGCGACCGGCACCUAUUUCUCUGCCGGCCAGCAGUCGUGCUACCCAUACACCUCGGCACCUGCCGCCGGAGUGACACCCGCUGGAGCAACAAUGCAGCCGCCUCCGACAUGUCUCGCCACCUGCGCUGCGGCAGAGCGUCACUGCACGCGAGAGGCCACCGACCGCGACAGGGACUUGAGGGCGAUCGCGGCCUCUAUGGCCUCAUUAUUCGACCGCCUGAAGGCUAUUGAAGAAGAUGUACGUCGCCCUGCAAUGCCCUGCCCAGCGAGAAGUUCCUGUGACGACGACGAGCGACCACGCUGCCAGCUAUGCGACCGCAUCGGCCACAUCGCACCCCAGUGCCGGCAACGGUUCCGCGAAAACGGACCCCAAUGGAACGAGCAGCGCGGCGGUCGGGAUGAGCAGCCUGGACGACCAAGCGAAGGGGACCCGCCCGGCCGACCAUUUGGCAGUUUGGCGAAAAAUUAG